AUGCAGGACCCUGUAUCCAUAACAGAGACAGUGAAAGCACCAAGAGGCAGAUCUGGAGAGUCUCAGAGAAUCAGACUAAUCCUAUUGAAUUUCAUCUUUACAGAGGAAAAACUAGAUCCUAACGGUCCAACAAAGGAGAGUAGUGAAGCCCAGCAGGACCCUCCAAAAGGAGAAAAUACUAAAUCUGAAGAAACCAAGGAUGUGACAGAUUCUAAGGAAGUGACUGAAACUGAAAAGCAAGAUAAUUCAGAGAGUGCUACGGAAAAGGUUGAAACAAAAGAGGCUGAAAAAUCAGCGGAAAGUGAAAGCACUCAAGAGAGCAAUAUAGAAAACACUGAAAAACUUAACUCUUCUGAAAUGGAAGGUGAAAAAGAAGCAGUUGCUGUUGCCACAGAAGGAGAGCAGGCUGUGGCCGAGGUGAAAGAAGAGAAAAGCAAUGAAAAGAAAGAGGGGAAUGAUGAGGCAAAGGAAGAGGCAAAAACAUCAGAGGAAACAAAGCUAGAGGAAGAAAAUAAACAAAAGGAAGAGGAGGAGGAAACAAAGAGAAAAGAAGAAGAGGAGAGGAAACAGAAGGAAGCAGAAGAAGAGAAGAAGAAGCAGGAGGAAGAACAACGAUUGAAGGAAGAAGAAGAAGAAGAAGAAAGGAAGCAGAGAGAAGAAGAAGAAGAGAAAAAGAAAACUGAGGAAGAACAAAGAUUAAAAGAGGAGGAAGAGAGAAAGAAAAAAGAGGAGGAAGAAAUGAGACAGAGAGAGGAGGAAGAGAGGAAGCAGAAAGAGGCUGAGGAGGAGGAAAGGAAGAAAAAGGAAUUAGAGGAGAAGUUAGAGUCCACACUGGCCAAUCAGAAUGCAGAUAAGGAAACCAUGAAAUCCUUGAUAGAGGAGAAUGUCCGACUAAAAGGAGACAUGGAAAAAAUGAAAGAAGAUUAUGAGAAAAUCAAGGAUAAAGAAGCCAAAAUUUCUGAAGUGGAGAAAGAAAACCAGGAGAAAUCAGACAAAAUCAAGAAACUUGAGGCAGACUUGGAGAAACUGAAAGCUCAGGCAUCCAAUGGAACGGGGGGAGAAGCCUCCGCUCAGAAGAUAUCCGACUUGGAGAAAAAGCUCAUCCGCCUGGCAAAAGAGGACGAGGAUAAAGAUAAACAAAUCACAUCCCUCAACAAAGAGCUACAGCAAACCAGGACAGAGCUACAGAAAAGAGAGGCACGGGCACCAGGUGAAGGAGGGAACCAGCCAUCUAAGUCAUGCGUCAUUCUGUAGACUGUUACAUUAAUUUAUUAUGCAUCAGAGGUGCUCAGGAGUAAACUCUAUUCCUUUUUUCCCCCUUAGUUUGAAGAUGGUUUUCAAGAUCUGAUACAUUUAUUAAGAGGAAACUUUAUUAAUGAAGACUUAAAAUAUAGUGAUCUUGAUAGAGAAAUUUUUAUAGUCUUUCUUUUUACAUAACAAAUCGUAUCAAAUGAAUAUUAAUUUAUAUUAUGUUUAAUAUUUGAAAAGUCCCGUCCAUUUAUUUUGUGCAUUAAGAUUUAGAGCUCAUCAAAGCGAGUGUGAUUUUUGUAAGCUAGUCAUUGUUACCUGUUUCUGUUAGUAUUUGCACCAAAUGUGAUUUUUUUUUCCCCAGUGCAAUGGGUUUAUUCUCAAGACAUUAAGAAUCUAAAGAUUUUUUUCUUUUUGUUUUUUUUUAGUCACGUAUUAAUGAUAGUAUUCCAAAUAAUUUCUUUCAUUAGAACAAAAUAUGAUGUACAUCAAAUACUUCAAUUAUUGGACAUUUUGUUAUCUGAGCUAGUACAUGUACCUGUUGUAAAAUGAACUCGAAAAAGCAAUUGAUAUACAGGCACAUGUUUAUCUGAAUUUCCUUACAUUACUUUUUUAUAUAAUUGUGAUUAUUUUGAAGAAAAAUCUUUUACUUUUA